AUGUCCACAGACAACAGAAUAGAAAUUGCCAUCAUCGGCUCCGGCCUAAUCGGCACCCUCCUCGCCCUAGGCCUGCUCAGCAUCCCCAACCCCACCACCGACUCAAACCCAACAACCCUCCGAAUGAAAGUCUACGAACAAUCCGCCACAACCCACGAGCUCGGUGCCGGAAUCGGCUUCACGACCUGCGCGCGGAAAUGCAUGACGCUCAUGGACGCCCGCAUCGCGGAGUGCGUAGCGCGCGUAGCGACACAUAACGGCGAAGCGGAAGAUCCAGAUUACUGUAUGCGGUUUGUGGAUGGGUUCAGGACGUAUACGGGGGGUGAUUGUUGGGGGACGUCGAAGGGUGGGGAGGGAGGAGGUGUGGACGUUAGGGGGAUCGGAGGGGAUCGUUAUCCUGAUAGAUUUGAAGACAAUAAUAAUAAUAGGGGAGGCGAGGAUGAGGGUAACGGUGUGCACGUCUCCGGAAAAGUCUACAAGUUGUAUGCCGGCCCAAGGGGGUUUGAAGGAUGUCAUCGGGGGCAGUUUCUCGAUGAAGUGAUGAAACUUAUGCCUGAGGGUGUAGUCGAAUAUAAUAAGCGGGUGGAGGGGUAUGAGUAUCUCCCUUCAGGGAGGAUCCAAUUGCGAUUUAGUGAUGGGGGCAGAGUGGAAUGUGAUCUUGUCCUCGCCUGCGACGGCAUCAAAUCCCUCAUCCGCACCCAUCUCUACCCGGAGACAAAACCCCAAUACACCCAUCAAUUCGCCUUCCGGGGCUUGGUACCCAUGUCCACUGCAAUCAGCAAACUAGGCCGCUACCGCGCCCUGCGACAACACAUGCACUGUGGGCCACGAGCACAUGUGCUGCAUUUCCCUAUCGCGAAGCAGCAGCUCAUGAAUGUCGUUGCGUUUGUGCAGGACCCGAAUGACUGGACGCAGUCCGGCAUGACGGCACCAGCGAGGAAGAGUGAAGUCGUGGACGCGUUCAGGGAAUGGGGUCCGUUUGUGCGCGCUGUGAUUGAUCUGCUGCCUGAGGAGCUGGAUAAGUGGGCUGUCUUUGAUACUUAUGACAGUCCGGUGCCGAAGUAUGCGGACGGGAGCGUGGCGCUGGUGGGGGAUGCGGCGCAUGCGUCGUCGCCGCAUCAUGGAGCCGGAGCGGGGAUGGGGGUCGAGGAUGCGUUGGCGCUGGUUACGGCUAUUAGGAGGGCGAGGGAGGAUGUGGAUCGCGGGGUGGAGGUGAAUGGGGCGUUGGAGGCGGCGGUGAGGGCGUAUUCGAGGGUGAGAUACGAGCGGUCGCAGUGGUUGGUGAGGAGUAGUCGCGAGGUGGGAUGGACGUAUGAGUGGAUGGAUGAGAGUAUUGGGGCGGAUAUGGAUCGUGCGUUUGCAGAUAUCAAGGAGAGGAGUCAUCGGGUGUGGUAUUUUAAUGUGGAUGCGAUGGUGGCAGAAGUAGAAAGACAAUAUCGUUGGUGUUUGUGGAACUAG